AUGGUUACUACAUACAAGAAAGGCAGCAGGCGCAAAAAUUACCCACCUCUGGCACGGCGGAGUGGCGACGAAAUCGGCACAAAUAUUAUGCUCGACAUCAAUUGUUAUAAUAUUUCUAUUUCAAAAUUGCGAUACAUCGAAAUAUGGCGUUCAAAAUUAUAUGCUUGGUUUUGGCUGUGGCAGCUCUUAGUAACGGUUACCCGUACGGUGGCGGCUACGGACAAGGGGGUCAAGGUUUCGGCCCUGGCGGUGGCCAAGGAGGACAUGGAUCUGGAGGCCAGGGUGGUUUCGGACCCGGCAACCAGGGCUUCGGAACGGGCAACCAAGGGGGUUUCGGCCCGGGUGGGCAUGGAGGGCAAGGUGGAUUCGGUGGCCAGAAUGGUUACGACCAAGGCGGUCAGGGCGGUUUCGGAUCAGGCGGAAAUAGCGGAGGCUUUGGACCUGGAGGCGGCCAGGGUGGCUUCGGCCAGGGCGGUGGACAGGGACAAGGCUUUGGCGGCCAUCGCGGUGGUUACAAGGAACACGGCUAUUAGCCACAAUAAAGAC